GGCCCCGGGGGAGGUGCCGGCCGGGCCGAGCAGCCACACGCCACGCCGGCUCGGGGCGAGGGCUGUGGCCGCUGGGCUGAAUAAUGUUUCCAACAUGUCUGUGCAGUCACUGCUUUGUGAAAGAAUUGCUGUUGCCAAAGAUUUGAUCAAGAGAGCAGAAGCCCUUUCCAAGUCCCAGAAAAGGAGAAUAGAAGGUGGGGCAAAACUAUGUAGCAAACUGAAGGCUGAACUAAACUUCUUACACAAGGUGGAGGCAGGGAAAGUGGCCAUUAAAGAGUCCCAUCUGCAGAGUACAAACCUUACCCACCUCCAAGCCAUUAUUCAGUCAGCAGAGAAUCUGGAGGAUGUUGUCAGUGUCCUCCAUGUCUUUGCUUAUGAGGACAGGUUUGGAGACAAACAGACCCUGGUGGUAGAUGUUGUUGCAAACGGAGGUCACACAUGGGUGAAGGCCAUCGGUCGGAAAGCUGAGGCUCUGCAUAACAUCUGGCUGGGGAGAGGCCAGUAUGGUGACAAAAGUGUCAUUGAGCAGGCAGAGGACUUCCUGCAAGCAAGCCGUCAGCAGCCGGUGGAGUACAGCAAUCCCCACAUCAUCUUUGCGUUCUACAACAGCGUGUCCAGUCCUAUGGCAGAGAGACUCAAGGAGAUGGGAAUAUCUGUGAGAGGAGAUAUUGUUGCUGUGAACUCACUGGUGGAGCCAUCUGCAGACAGCGAGCACCCUAGCACCAGUGAAUCAGAUGAAGAAGGCCCUGAACUCCUGCAGGUGACCAGAGUGGACCGGGAGAAUUUAGUGGCCAGCAUUGCUUUUCCUACUCAGAUCAAAGUAAAUGUCUGCAAUAGAGUGAACUUGGACAUCACUACCUUAAUAACCUAUGUCUCUGCUCUGAGCUAUGGAGGCUGCUACUUCGUCUUCAAAGAAAAAGUGCUGACAGAGCAAGCAGCCCAAGAAAGGAGGGAGAGAGUGCUGCCUCAGCUGGAGGAGUUCAUGGAGGGAAAAGAGCUCUUUGCCUGCGAAUCUGCUGUCAGAGAUUUUCAGUCCAUCUUGGAAACGCUGGGAGGACCUGGGGAGAAAGAGCGAGCUGCAUUGCUUGUUAAAAGGGUUACCGUGGUACCAGAUCAGCCAUCUGAGCGUGCCUUAGGACUAGUGGCUAGUUCAAAAAUCAACAGCCGUUCUCUAACCAUUUUUGGGACAGGAGACACUUUGAAAGCCAUCACCAUGACCGCAAAUAGUGGGUUUGUGAGGGCAGCGGCAAACCAAGGCGUCAGGUUCAGCGUUUUUGUCCAUCAGCCACGAGCAUUGACAGAAAGCAAAGAAUCUGCUGCCACACCUUUACCAAAGAGCUGCCCAUCUGAUAAUGGACUAUAAGUCAUUAAAUCAGUUAGUCAUGGAAAUACUGUAGGUACUGCAGUGGAGGCUUUUUGAGAAACAGAAGAAUCAUAGCAAUACAGUUUUGGGUGUGUAUCAGUGAUGACAGUAAAUGUAGCAGUGGAAGAACUCCUCGAGGGAUUUGCAAUAUCUUCACUCAUUCCUUGGGGGUUUUUUUGUUCAGCUGACCAUUAAUUUAUUCACUAAAGUAAUAAGAUGUCAAUGAAAAUUGUUAACUGGCUUACAGUAUAUUAAUUGUAUCCAUCCCUAUUAAAAAGUUCAGUUAAAGCACAGUUACUAUUGUGCCCUUGUCAUUUUUGUCCUCUACAGAGAGGUAAGAUCCAUCAUAGAUGAACUUUGGGCUUGACUUCUGUGGAACUUAAAUAUUUCUUUCACCUAUCCUAUUUGACUGAAUUCUUUGUUGAUUCAGAGGUACCUUGCAUAGACACCUGUGCCUUUUUGGUAUAUGAUGUUUUAUGAAGACGUGACUAGUAGCCAUGAAUAGAAACCAACUUAAGCCUUCUUUCUCUUACUGAAAGGAACCUCUAUAUGUAUACCAUGUUAGACUGAAUUGGGCAACAACUUUAAAAUUCCUGGAAAAAUCAGUUGAAAUCAGAGUUUAUUUGCAUUAACAUGUGACUCUUGGGCUAAACUUGACAGCCAGUGGUAGCAGACCAAGGAUGCAAAUCUGAUUCCCUUUUCUCCUAGUCUUUGACCAAAUGCAAAGUCUUGCUGGGUGCAAUGCCCAGCUCGAGAUAACAGAAUCCUCCUAAACUGAGCCAGCACCCAGGUGGUUUUUGAUACUAGUCUGCUAUCUGCUGAGGACUCACAGUGAACUUGAGUCUCUCUUUGUUGCAUGUGGAUUACCUGAAACAAAGCCUCAGUGAGGUCCUUUAGUGUUGGUGUGGCAGAUGAGGAGGUUUGCGGGGUAUGUUGUUAAAUCCUAGCUUGCUCUAUAGCAGAGAGAAGCCUUUUCACUGGUGUUGUAAUUGCUGAAUUUAUUCAAAGUGUAGAAUAAACAAUUCCUUUUUUUGUC